AUGUUUUCGUCCGCGCUCAAGUCGAUCUCGUCGACCAACAUCAACAGCCACUACAGCCUGGCCGCCACCCCGACCUGCACGGCCGGCCCGUGGAAGGUGUACGAUGCCCGGCACCGGUCGAGCGGCAAGGCCUGCUCGGUCUUUGUCUUUGACCGCAAGGUGCUGGACGCGCACGGCAGCAGCAGCAGCAGCGGCGGCGGCCUGGGAAAGCGAGCGGGGGCGGCGGCGUUCCGGCGGGCAGCCGACGAGGUGGUGGCCCGGCUGAAGCGUGAGGCAUCGGCACUGGCCCGGCUGCGCCACCCGAGCGUGCUGGAGCUGGUCGAGCCGGUCGAAGAGACUCGCGGCGGCGGCCUGCAGUUUGCCACAGAAGCCGUGACGGCAUCGCUGGCGAGCCUGUUGGCAGAGGGCGAUGUCGAGAUGGCGACAGACAGCCCGCGGACCCGACGACGUCGUCGCGACGAGAUGGACGUGCUCGAGAUCCAAAAAGGCCUGUUGCAGCUCGGAAAGGCCCUCGAGUUUCUGCAUGAAAAAGCUGGCCUCGUGCACGGAAACUUGACCCCCGACGCUGUCCUUGUCAAUGCCAAGUCCGACUGGAAGCUCAGCGGUCUCGGCUUCAGUGUUGGGGCUACCAGCAGCACCGCCGCUGUCGCUGACAUGUUUUGUUUUGGUGGUGAUCUCCGGCUUCCACCUUCUGUGCUCGCCAGCCUCGACUAUGCUGCUCCUGACGUCGUCAUUGACGGUCAGCUCGGCCCGGCUGCCGACAUGUUCGCUCUCGGCCUCCUCUGUGUCGCCCUCUACGACGACCCUCAUCGUUCGCCGCUCGCUGCUGCUGUCACUAGCAACAACACCAACAGCGUCGCCGCGUAUCGCCGUCUCUUCGCCUCGCCUUCUUCCACUCCUUCGCCAGCCAACAACUUUCUCGCUGCUCGCCCUCUUCCUCGCGAUCUCGUCGCCCAUGUGUUGCCUCGGCUCAUCGCCCGUCGUCCUGCCCAGCGCAUGACUGCCCGCGAGUUUCAGACCAGCGAGUACUUUGACAACAUCCUCGUCUCCACCAUCCGCUUUCUCGACGCCUUUCCUGCCAAGACCCACGGCGAAAAGACUCAGUUCCUGCGUGGCCUUCGCAAGGUCCUGCCCUCUUUUCCCCGCUCCGUCGUCGAGCGUAAGCUGCUGCCCGCUCUGCUCGACGAGCUCAAGGACCGCGAACUCGCACCCGCCAUCCUGCACAACAUCUUCGCCAUGGUCGACCUGCUACCGUCUGCUCGUCGCGCCGUCUCUGAUCGUGUCUUGCCUGGGCUCAAGGUCCUCUUCCUCGGCGCUGCUGCUGCCGGCACUCCGGCUGCUGCUGGUCCUGCUGGCUCUGUCCCCACCAUUUCUGGUACUGCUGCUGCUGCUGCUGCCGCUGCUGCUGCCAAUGCUAAGCAGCCCGAACGUGAUCCUGCCCGGGAUGCCGCCUUGAUGGUUGUCCUCGAGCAUCUGUCCACUCUAGCCGCCAACACCACCGGCAAGGACUUCAAAGAUGACGUUAUCCCCAUCGUGGCCACUGCCCUCGAGUCGCCUGCGCCGUCUGUCGUCGAUGCUGCCCUGCGCAGCAUUCCCGUCAUGCUGCCUGUCCUCGACUUUAGCACCGUCAAGCACGAGCUCUUCCCCGUCGUCGGCGCCAUCUUCACCAAGACCAGCAGCCUUGCCAUCAAGGUCCGCGGCCUGCAAGCCUUUGCCAUCCUCUGUGGUGGUCGUCCUGACGGUGAUCCCGAUGCUGACGACGGCUUGAAUGGCGCCCACUCAUCCGCCCCUUCCACCGCCCUCGACAAGUACACCAUGCAGGAGAAGAUCGUCCCGCUCGUCAAGGCCAUUCGCACCAAGGAGCCCGCCGUCAUGGUCGAGGCCCUGCGCGUUCUGCGUGUCGUCGGCCGCGCCGCCGACGCCGACUUUGUCGCCCUCGAGAUCCUGCCCAUCCUCUGGACCAUGGCCCUGGGGCCGCUGCUCAACCUGCAGCAGUUUCAAGCCUUCAUGAAGCUGAUCCGCUCGCUGUCCGCCCGCGUCGAGGACGAACAGUCCCGCAAACUGCAGGACCUGUCGACCGGCUCCGGCCAUGAUGGCGGCCUCGAUUCCAUCUCCCGCAACGGCACCCCCUCACUGAUGGAUGAUCUGUCUGCCCUCGGUGUCACCGACAACAAAUUGUCUGCCUGGGAUGGCGCCGGCGAGACCGAGGACGACUUUGAACGCCUGGUCAAGGGACGGGCCACCGCCAGCAGCAGCACCACUGCUGCCACCAGCGGCAUCCUCGAGGGCACCUGGGCUGGCUCUUCAACUUCACCACCGCUGCGCUCGCCCCGCGGCUUGCCUGCUUCUCGGCUGAGCUCGUCGUCGUCUGCUACCGCCACCGCGUCGGCUGCUGCUGCUGCUGCUGCUGUCGUCACGCCCUCCUUCUCUUGGUCCACGCCCAGCAGCACCGCUGCCUCCAUGCCCGCAGCCCGUCCACCCGCUCCGUCCGAUCUCGGUGGCUUUCCCUCCAUGACCCCGUCGUCCACACAGUUCUCCCAGGCGCUGCCGGCACGGCCAAUGAUGGCCAACCGCAACAGCAGCAGCGGCAGUAGCUGGACCACCCCCAACAACAACGGACCAGCAUCGUCAGCCUUUUCGCUGCCGCCACCACCCGCCUUUAGCCUGGCGCCACCGCCAGGCGGCAGCAGCAGCAGUUUUGGCAAUGGCAUGGCCAGCAUGACAGCGCUCUCGGCAACACCGGCUGCUUCCUCAAUGGCAGCUCCCAACUACAACCGAGCGAGCCUCGGGUUGGCACCGUCGGCCAGCAGUGGUGCAGGAGCUGUAGGCAUGAUGGGGUCAAACAUGAAUAUGGGUAUGAACAUGAGCAUGGGAAUGGGCAUGAUGAGCCUGAAUUCAAACAAUGACAACAACAACAAUAAUGGUGCAAUGAUGUCGGCGCUGCCCGGCAAGACAGGACUGGACAAGUACGAAAGCUUGCUAUAG